AAAUUCUUCUCUUUCAAGUUUCAACACCCUUUUUUCUUCCGAUACUGCGAUCGAAGAUUUCUGUCAUUCCGAAUCUAUUUCAUAUCUCCAGUUUCAUUCCGGCAGCUUAUAUGGACGUCGGCGGUGACUUUUUGGAGAACGGCCAUCGCGAGCAACCUCAUUCAGCAUUGAUCUUUGUAGGUACUGGUUGUUCGAGUGCUGUCCCCAACGCAAUGUGUCUGAUCAAACCAUCGGAUCCACCUUGUAAAGUCUGCUUCCAGUCCUUAUCGACUCCACCUGAAUCUAACCCUAAUUACAGGUGCAAUACAUCUCUUCUGAUUGAUUAUAGUCCAAGUGCUGGGGAACAUAAGUACAUACUAAUUGAUGUGGGAAAGACAUUCAGGGAGCAAGUCCUCCGGUGGUUUACUUUCCAUAAGAUCCCUCAAGUUGAUUCUAUUAUUUUGACUCAUGAACAUGCGGAUGCAGUUCUUGGUCUUGAUGACAUCCGUUCAGUGCAACCAUUCAGUCCAGUAAACGACAUUGAACCUACACCUAUUUUCCUAAAUCAACAUGCAAUGGAAAGCUUAAAAGUGAAAUUUCCUUACCUAUUACAAAGGAAGCUCAAAGCUGGUGAAGAAGUUAGACGUGUAGCACAACUUGAGUGGAAAAUAAUUGAGAAUGAUAGUAAGAAACCAUUUGUUGCAUCCGGACUAGAAAUCACACCCUUUCCAGUGAUGCAUGGGGAGGAUUAUAUUUGUUUAGGUUUUUUGUUUGGAAAAAAUAGCAAAGUAGCUUAUAUAUCUGAUAUUUCACGCUUUAUAGAAGACACUGAACUUUGUAUAUCGAAAAGUGCAGGUCAACAACUAGAUCUUCUUAUACUGGAUACACUUUAUAAGAAUGGAUCCCAUAAUACACAUUUUUGCUUCCCACAGUCUCUGGAAGCCAUUAAAAGAUUGCAACCAAAGAGAGCAUUUCUUAUUGGAAUGACUCAUGAGUUUGAUCACCAUAAAGAUAAUGAAUUCCUUCGGGAUUGGUCUAAAAGAGAAGGAAUUCCAGUUCAGCUUGCACAUGAUGGUUUGAGGAUACCUAUACAUCUUUAAUGGUAGAAAAAAAAAUGCACAACUAUUCAGUUGUUAUAGAAUGUUUUUGGACCCGAUACACACAAAGAAAUAGGCUUUUGAAAUAUGAAUUAAGUUUGCAUAAAAAGAUGCUAGAAAUUGGGUAAAAGUUGUAUGUAUUUUAACUCAAUAUUCCAAGGUUUUGAGAUAUCUUGAAGGAUUUUCAA